GGGGAGCGAGUGGGCGGGGAGAGAGUGACGGUUGGAGGAGGAGGAGAAGCGCGGACAUGGUGGCGGCGGUGAGGAGUUGAGCAGUCGGGGAGGGAGCGGCCCCGAGAGGCGGGACAACUCGGCGCUGAUGGGGGAUCGGUUUGUUUCUGGUGGGAAAUGGCGUUGUGGCCGCACCUUCUCGAGCUGCUGGUGACCGGGAGCAGCUGUUUUGCAGAGAGAGAGAGAGAGAGAGAUGGAGCACUGGUGGGCAGCGCCUCCCCGUCUGUCCCCCGUCCCCCGCUGCUUGUUUCUCAGCCCUGAGGUGUCUGUCCCUUCAAACAGCAGUUGGUCUGUGAUCCCCACCCACACAGCCACGUCCUGGUUUGGGGGAAAGUCCCAAACAGAGCAAAGAGCUGAUGGUGAAAUGGCGUCUGAACAGGAACUGGAGAACCUGAGAAAUGAAGCCACGUGUUCAAUCUGUCUGGAGUUUUAUACGGAUCCGGUGACUGUAGACUGUGGCCACAGCUUCUGCAGAACUGUAUUUUACAGUGUUGGGGCACAGGGCAAGAAAGUGUGUCCUGUCCGCAGUGCAGGCAGCAGAUUCCCCAGAGGAGUGUUUGGCCCAACAGAACUCUGUCUAACAUUGUGGAGAGUGUUCAGAGACUGAGCCUGAAUCCGAGGCUGGAAGAGGUGGGAAUCCAGUGUGAAGAGCAUGAGGAGAAGCUGAAACUGUUUUGUGAAACGGAUCAAAGAGCGAUCUGUGUGGUCUGUGCGAUGUCCCGUGAUCACAAGGAUCACACAGUCAUUCCCAUUAAGGAAGCUGCUGAGCUCCACAAGCAAAAGCUGCAGAAAGCCGAGGAACCCUUCACAAACAGUUGGAUGAAAUGUCUCGGUGUCAGAGAGAAGAAGGAGCUACUCAACUGGAAGUGAAGAGACAAGCCGAGCAUUUGAGGAAGAACAUCGACGCUGAAUUUGCUAAACGUCACCAGCUGCUGACUGAGGACCAGCGAGACCUGAUCACCAAACUCAGACUGCAGGAGGAGGCCAUCGUGGGCCAAAUAGAAAACAAUAAGAGCCACAUUUCCAAGCAAAUUACUUCUAUUAAUCAGAGAAUAGCAGAAAUCCAGAAAAGACUGACUCUGCAGAACACCGAAUUCCUGAAGGAUAUCAAAUCCAUCAUUGACAGCUCCAGCCUCUCUGACUCUGGAUCCUAACACAGCCCAUCCCCGGCUCAUCCUGUCUGAGGACCGGACCCGAGUAAGAGUCAGCAGGUUCCUGACACCCCGGAGAGGUUCAGUUACUGACCCAGUGACCUGGGGUCUGAGGGGUUCACAUCAGGGAGACGUUACUGGGAGGUGGGGGUGUGGAACAGCACACACUGUAUAGUGGGGGUGGCCCGAGAGUUUGCUUAGGAAGGGGAAUUUCACACAAGGAACUGAGGCUGGAGUCUGGGCUGUGGGGCUGUACAGUGCGUAAUAUAAAGCUCCAACCUCACCUCUUACCCCCCUCCCCCUGAGUGUGACCCCCCAGGUGCUGGGAGUGUACCUGGACUAUGCGGGAAGACAGGUGUCGCUGUACGACGCCGACCACAUGUCUCAUCUUUUCACUUUCAUCCACAUGUUCACUGGGAAACACUUCCUUUACUUCAGCCCUGGCCUUAACGCCGACCUGACACUGACCUGACCCUCUGACAGGGGUGAGGGUGAUCAAUCAGAGAGAGGUUCAGGGGUUAAUGGGCAGAAAUUCAAGGAUCAUAGAAACAGGAGGAGGCCAUUCAGCCCCUCGAGCCUGUUCGGCCAUUGUGUAAGAUCACGGCUGAUCUGUACCUCAAACCCAGUUACCGGCCUUUGCCCCGUAUCCCUUAACACCCCGACCUGACAAACAUCUCCCCACCUCCGUCUGGACAGUGCGAAUGGAUCCAACCAUAAUCCACAGCCUUUUGGGGGAGAGAGUUCCAGGUUCCCACCGGCCUUUGGGUGAAAAACUACCCCUAAUUUCACUCCUAAAUACCCCGGCUCUAAUAUUAAGAUGAUGCCCCCCUUGUUCUGGAUUGCAAUUUCUCUGUAUCUACACUAUCGAAUGUCUUUAUUAUUUUAAAAUCCUCGAUUAGAUCACCCCUCAUCCUCCUAAACUGACCGGAAUAGUGACCAAGUUUAUGUAACCAGUUAUUGUGAUUUAACCCUUUAAGCCCCGGGACAAACUCAUAUCGUGAAAUGUCAUUUUGCUUUGUGUUGUGUUGGUAUCACAAUAAAAUGGGCGGAUGUACAAUC